ACGAGGACCAGGCCCCAGGAAAAAUGCCCGCUGCCUGAGCUUCGGACCAUGUAUUCAUACAGCGGUCUGGUGCCCGGGGAGGGCGUCUGGCCCCUGCUGCAGGCCCUCACCUACACCUACCUGCCCGCCCCGCUGCUGCUGCCCCCCAUCCAGGCCCACAACUUCUGCAGCCGGCCCCCGGGCCUGGGCGCCGGCGAGUGGGCAGCCCCGCGAGAGUACCACUGCUUCCACCACGCGGCAGCGCCCCCGGCGGCCGUGCCGCCCUGGUGGGCCUUCCCGCAGGCCUACGCUGCGGCCCUGCGCCCGCCGUUCUCCGCACCCAGCUACCUGGGACCGUCGCUGCCGGCGGCGCCGGGGCCCGCCACGGCGGAGGAGUGGGCGCCGUGGCCCGAGGGCGGCAGCCUGCAGGCGGAGCUGCGCUGGGGCCGCGUGGAGCGCGCGUCGGACCCGCGCCUCGAGCUGCCCGACUACGUGCGCCGGGAGCUGCGGCGCGCGUACGGCACGUACCCGCGCACCGACGUGCGCGUCACCUACCGCGCCGGCGAGUUCCUGCUGCGCGCCGCGCCGCGCGUCCGCGAGCCCGAGUACCGCGUGGAGAGGCGCGCGCUGCGCCCGGCUGCCGGCAGCGCCAGUGACAGCCCCGGCGGCAGCCGAGGCCACAGCGGCCCCGCCGCGGAGGUGACGGAGCGCGGCCGCCGGAGGAAGGGGAAGGGCCUGAGCUGA